UACAAGAUUUGUUGUGUUUAGUUUUUCGGAGAAAAAAAACAUUCAAUUUCUGUCGGCUUCUUUUCUAUUUCGGUUUAAUUAUUACUCCGAAAAAUGGGUCGCACCGACUGGGAUCGAAUAUUAUCUGUAAAUGCUUCGUCUUUAACUGAUGAUGAAAUCGAGGAUCUUUUCCCGGCAGUGGUCCGAUGCGAUGUAAAUGAGAUUACUGACGUGUAUAAUCUGCGAACGCUCGUGAGAUUAGCGCAGGAAAUGUUGACUUAUAAAGACAAUCAUGUCGAGGCCUUACUUCUUGAAUGCGGUGAAUUGAAAGAAAAGAUAGCUUCAUUACGUCCAGAGGUAGCCAAACGAAAACACAAAGAUCAUGGUGUAUCUGCAAUAAAACAAGAUAGGGAUGAUUUUACUAAAGGUACAAGAGAAUAUCCUACUCCAAAUACACAAGCCAGAUAUACAGAUACAAAUGAAAAAGUUAAGACACUUAUGAUUGAGUUAGAGGGUUUGGAUAAGGAGAAUGGAAUUCUCAAAAGACAAUUAACAACAUUGAAAGAUGAAAUGGAGGAUGCGACAGAGAAAAUGAAUGAAAUGACACAAGAACUUAAUUCAACUCAAGUAAAAGUUACAGAAUGUAAAGAUAAGAUUCAGAAAUUGGAGCAAGAAAAUGAAGCUUUGGUUAUUCAAAUUGAAGAGAUAACAACACAACAAAUAGAUAGAGACAAAAUGUUAGAUGAAUUCGGAGUGGCUAUUGACACCAGAAUAUUUGAAUGGAAGGGCAUAUUGGAUGAAAAAGAUAUAGAAAUUGCACGUUUGAAAGAAAAUGUAUCACAGUCUUUAAUGCAUUCUGUCACGUCAGUCCAAGAAGAAAACAAAUCACAGAUUAUUCAUUUAAAUGAUGAAAUAACUCGUCGGGAUGCGAUUAUAGUUGAAUUGCAAACUAAACUUUCUGAUGCAAUUGUUGAAAUAAAUGAGAGUGCUGCACUUAUAGAAAAAUUAAAAGCACAGGAAGCUCAGGAGUCGGUAAAAAGUGUCAAACGGAAAGAGCAAAAAAGUUUACUGAAAAAAAUACAAAUUGCAAAUGAAAAAAUAUCUAAUUUGGAAAAUGCAUUAUCUCAAGCACAAGAUGAUGCCAAAUCACAGAGUAGUAAACUGUGUGAGGUAUUAUCUACCUUAAAAAAUUAUCAAGAUGGAAAUCAAACUUUAGCUAAAGCAUUGAAUGAAAUUAAUGAAUUGAAAAUCAAAAUAAAACAUAAGAAUGAACAUAUUGAAGAUUUAGCCAAUGUUGUUAAUAAAUUAGAAAUGUUAAAUUCGUAUCAAGAAAUGGAGAUCUUAACUCUUAGAGAAAAGUUAGGGAUUCCAGAGGAUGAAUCAAUAUCGAUUAAGAGUGUUGUAGCAAAACGUAAAGAAGAAUCAAGAAAAAUGGAACAACUUAUUCGACAAAAUAAAAACCUAAUAGAAGAAAAUUUAGAAUUAAAAUCAGAUAUAAGAAUGCUGAAAUAUAAAUUGAGCAAGUCUGAAAAGAUACUAGAUAUUUCAGAUAACUUAGAUGAUUCUAGUAAUCAGUUUUUACAUUCAACUAAAUUGAUGGAAUCAGAAAAUAUGCAAGUAUCUUCUAAAACUAAUACCUUCGAAGUUAAUCAAAAUAUUCAAAUAAUUAUAGAAGAAAAUGAGGCACUUAGAAAGGGCAUGCAUGAGAUUAUGGACAGUAUACGCAAUCAAGAUGGUAAGAGCGAAGUGGAAAUACAAUCUAGUACAUUGGAACGAUUAUUAGAAGCUUUGGAUGUUAGACAUUUAGCUGGUUGGUAUCAUCCAGCUAUGAGAUUACAGGAACAUCUUAACGUUACACAAGGCAGUAAUACCGAAUUAAGAUCGCAACUUAGAUUACUGAGAAAAGAAUUGCAAAAGAAGGAUAAUAUAUUACAAGAUUUAGCAGCAAUUAAAAAUAUCGAUUUUGAAAAGUUGUACGAAAGACAUAGCGAAGAUGAAGCGAUAAUGACAUGUCUUGCAGAAAUGAAAGCUUUGCAAACGGCAUAUAAAAAUGAGGCAGAGGAAUGGGAAACGCAGAAAGAUUUGUUGAUUCAAGAGAGUAAUGAAUUAAAAGAUGAGACAGAUGGUUUAAAAAAGCAAUUAGAAGUUUAUAAGAAAAAUUGGCAAAUUAUAGAAGACGGAGACGAUGAAAUUCGGAAAGAAUUUGCAAUAAAAACGAAAGAAUAUGCGAAUGCUGCUUAUGAAAUAAUAAUUACGAACAGAAAAAAUGCAAGUCUUAAUAAGUUACUUAAUAAGGAAACUGACAGAUUAUAUGAAUAUCAAAAAGAUAUAAUUAAAAAAGAGAAUGAUUUUAAUAGAGCCCUAAUUGAUGCAAAUAAAUAUAAUAAAACAUUAUUGUCUGAAAUUUCGCUCUUACAGAGUAAUUUAUGCAAUUCUGUGAGCAUAACUGUGCAUAACGAAUUGAAAGAGAAAUAUGAGGAACUGAAUAUACGUCAUCAUACUUUGUUAGAAAAUGUAAUAAUAUUUCAUGAUUCCAACGAAAUAUCAUCUUUGAAGGCUGAAAUAGAAGUAAUAAAACAAGAGAAGUAUCAACUCGUGGAAGAUUUGCGAAAAAUGGAUAAUUCCAAGAAUGACGACAAUUUGCAACAAAAAUUAAAAGAAGUAGAAGCCAGGGAAUUAAUUGAAAAACAACGAGCUGAUCAGAUGGUUAGAUUAUAUGAAAUAUCACAAAAGCAAUUAGCAAAGUGCGAAGAUAAUGUUAAACAACUCUCUAUUCUCAAUUCUGAAAAUCAAGAGAAAUUGAUUCAGAUACAUAAAAAAUUGUCCAAGGAAAUAGUGUUGCAAGAAACUACACAAAUGGAUGACAAUCGCAUACAGGAAUUACAAAAGGAAAAAAUGCAGCUUGUUAUAGAGAAUGAAAGUUUAAAAAAAAAGCUACACAUUUCUGAAGAUGAAGCUCGUUUGCAAUAUUCGUUGAAUUCAUUACAAACACUAGAGUUGGAUAGUCUUAGGCAUCAAAUAUUAGAUUUGCAGGCUGUAAGUGAAGACAAGGCCACUAUUUCGAGACUCGAUUUCGAACUUACGAGUAAAAAGAUGUUAGAAAUGGAACUAACUACGCAAAAAACGCGAUUGCAAAACGAAUUAUCUUGUAUACAACAAGAACUUGAUAGUUCAAGAAGAAAAUAUGAAGAGAUGCGCAGUUAUGUAGAAGAUUAUCGAAAACAAUGUGACAAUCGUUGCAAGUAUUAUACAGAUAUUAUAUAUUUUCUACAAUGUCAAUAUGUGGGAUCAACUUCUAUAAGCACUUUAGAAAAAGUAAUUACACUUGCUACAAAAUUGAAAAUAGAUCGUCAAAAUAUGGAUACAGAAAUGCAAGAAACUAAAAAAUGUCAUGAAGAUGUUAAACACGAACAGCAACUUUUAUCUGCUCGUCUUGCAAUUAUCGAACGUUUGAAAGAUAUAUUAGAACAACAAAUCGGCACUGGCAGCGUCCAAACUUUAAUGGAACGUUUUGCCGAAUCUUCACAACAGACUCUAAGUGAUUUUAAAUACAAACGAAGAAUAGCUUAUUUGGAACAUGAACUGCAAAUUGCCAAUAGUAAAUUCAACGAAUAUGAAUCAGUAAUAACAAAUAUGGAACAGGACAUGUUAAAUAUUCAGAGAGCUUGGUAUCCACAAAAAGAUAAUCAGCCUCAAAUUAAUAUACCGAAUGUUGAGGCAAAGUCUAUUCAAGCAGCAACGGAAACUCAAGUGGUCAGUGUUCAAACGGAUUCUUAUACUUGCUGCUUGGAUCAAAAGGUACAAGAUACAACUGAAGAAAAUGUAGUGGUUAAAGAUAUUCAAAAAUCUAUUGAACCAAGUGAAACUAUAAAAAAGACAUUCCGAGAAGCGGGAAAUAAUACAGAGGAAAAUGGUAGUUCGACGAUCCUUAAUGAAAAAUUGGAUCAAGCGCUGAAACUUGCAUCAGAACGCUCUGUGAUGCUUGUCAAGUGUGAAACACAAUUAACGGAGUAUAAAGCGAAAGUGGAAGCUCUGAAUAAAACAAUAAUGGAAAAGGAUUUGCAACAUCAAACAACGAUAGACACUCUGAACAAAGCGAUCGAGGAGAAAGAUUUACAGUAUCGAACAAGAAUGGACACUCUGAGCAAAGCGAUCGAAGAAAAGGAUUCACAUCUUGCUCAAAAACAAAAUGUACUCGAUGAAUUAGUAAGCCAACCGCAUGUCACGAAUAUCGAUUGUACCGACAAAUUGGCUUUGAAAUCGACGAUAAACAGUUUGCAGAAAUUAAUUAAUCAAAAGGAGGAGACUAUUUUGAGAUAUCAAAAUUUGUUGAAGGAAGACAGAGACGAACAUAGUCGGGCAGCAAGUCGUUUUCAAGAAGAGAUUAAAGGUUUACACGAUCGUAUUUUGGCUAUGCAAAAUGAGAGCAGAAAAAAUGAAGAACCACUUAUAAGUGUGAAAAAUAUUUUUGAGAAAACAUCCAAUGAAAUUGCAGCUAAAGUACCGAGAAACAGUGCCGCGCAAGAAGAAGAAAUUGCAAGACUACGUGAGAAGGUAUCUACCCUCGAAGCAGAAUUAAAUAUCAGCAAGGAAUUAAGCGAACGUUGGCAUCGAUUAGCGGAAGAAAGAUUGAAGCAUAUGGAUCGUAUGAGAGAAAGAUUGGAGCAACAACAUAAAACUGAAUUGGAGAGUUAUCGUAGCGAAUCAAAUAAGUGGCAAUCUGAAGCAGACACACUUAGACAACAAUUGUCUGAAAAUCGUAUGUUACUUACAAAAGGAAACAUUUCCCUGAUGAAGGAGCUACAAGAAAAAGAUGAUAAAAUAUAUGAACUAACUCUUGCGUGUCAACAAUUACAGAAUGAAGUUGAAUUGAUAGAGUCUGUAAAUCGAGCUCAGCAAAUGACAGUACGAGAUAUAAAAGCAAAUGAAACGCCACAUCAAAGUUAUCGCGAUCAAAUGCAACAACAAAAUCAAGUAGAUGUUUUACGUCGGCAGCUUCAAUCUCUAAUGGAAAAGGAAAAAACGUACAAGUAUGAAAUAACUGAUUUAAAACAACAACUCAGUCGCAGAUAUAUGGCGACAAAAACUCAGGAGAAAAAAAUAUCACAACGUGAAACGCAACUCGAGCGCAAAGUAACAUCUCUAGAAGAAGAAUUGCAUAAAGCUAAGACUCAAUUAGAUCGAGAAUAUCUGGCGCAAGAAAUUAAAAAAGCUAAGACUGCAGAGGAACUUUCAUUGUGGGAAAAGCAAAAAAAGUGGCAACAAACAGCAGAAAAGCUAAAAGAAAAACUUAAAGAAAAGACUAAUGAAUAUGAAAAAUUGCUUACGAAUUACGAGAAGCUGCGAUCUGUCGUUUCGUGCAUGGAAAGAGAAAAAUGGCAUUUGAGAAGCAAGCUUAAACUUGAGAGUGAUACCGUAUCCGGCAAUUUAUCAAUAAGGCCUGUUUCAACUAUCCAACUUAACGCAGUAGAAAAAGAAUUGGAGAAAGAAUGUCGAAUAUUAAGAGAACGUGUUAAGGAAUUAACUGAUCGUUUAGAGAAAGAAAGUAAUGAACAUCUGAUGCUAGAAAUAACAGAAUUAAAACGGCAUAAUGCGGCUCUGGAAGCAGUUUCUCAGGGUAAUACAUGUGUAAUUAGUCAAUUGGAGAAAUUAGAAAUGACUAAAGAUAUUCUUGAGAAGAUGAAUAUUAAAUUGGAAAGUGAAAAUUUCGAAUUACGACUGGAACUAGAAAAGGCAAAUUCGAAUACUCCGAGACUACGAGAAAAAGUCGAACAUUUGGAAAAAUACAUCAAGUUAUUAAAAGCAGAAAAAUCUUCAGAUUCUACUCCUAGAUCAUCAGAUAAAGAAUUGCCAGAAACGAACAACAAAAAAUCUAUCUUUGAAAUGGAGAAAACAAUCUUUACAUUGAAGAGAAUCAUUGAGAAACUUCAGGCAGAGAAUAAAAGACUAAAAUUAAAUUCUAAAAAAAAUCAUUUUUUAACCAAUCAAGGAAAGAUAAAUACUAUCGAUGGAAACAUUUUACUUCAAAAUCAAUAUGAGGAAUCUCAGAAACGUGUGAUAAGUUUGGAGUCAGACUUAUUAUUAGCUGAACAAAGAAUAACUAUGUUAGAAAAGGCUCAAAAGGAUGAUGAUAAUGGAGAUUUUCAUAUCUUGAAGCAACAAUUAAUACAUAAAUCCGAACUUUUAGAAAAAGUGAAACAGUUAUUGACUCGAGCAGCCAUCAAUGAAAAGGCAUUGCGGCAACGUGUACAACAACUAGAAUCAAAGCAAAGCCUAUCAACAAUUCCAGAAUAUCAUGUGACUUUACCUACACCAGAAUGAGAUGAUAAGAUGUUUGGGAGUAAACUGUUUAUGGAUUUAUGGUAAAAAAAGCAUUUUUAUAUUGA